UAUUUUAUACAACCAUUAUUUGAACACACCAAAAUCUACUAAUGAGGUGAGAGAAAACGUUUUAAUAAUAUAAAAAGCAAAUUUCUCAAUUUUAUAGGUAAGAAAGAAUCGUUUAUUUAUACCUAAUUCAACGAGUUUAACUAAAGAGGUUUGGAGCAAAUAGCGAGUAAGGUUGGUUUCCGAAGUCAAGGCAAUAUGCAGGCGAGUGAUAGGUUUAACAUCAAUUCCCAACUCGAGCAUCUCCAAGCUAAAUAUGUCGGAACUGGUCAUGCUGAUAUGAACAGAUUUGAAUGGGCAGUUAACAUUCAGCGUGAUAGCUAUGCAUCUUAUAUUGGCCAUUAUCCUUUACUCUCCUACUUUUCUAUUGCUGAAAAUGAAUCUAUUGGAAGACAACGCUACACUUUUAUGCAGAAAAUGCUCCUGCCUUGUGGUCUGCCUCCCGAAAGAGAAGAAGAUUAGAAUUACUGUUGGGAUUACAAAAGGAUUCGACUGUUUGUUGUACCGUUUAAUCUGAUUGAAGAAACAUACGUGUUUGUUUAGUGAUUGUUCUAUCAUUUAUCUUAAGUUUGUAGUUGCUUAAACUUUGGUUGUUAUUAAUAUAUGUGGAUGUGAAAACUAGAUUACGAGACAAUAUUUUAUUUUACGUGAAUUAUUUUUUAUUGGA